AUGUCUUCGCGAAGAUCUGCAAGAGCUUCCACGGGCAAGCGCCUCAGCUACCGGGAGGACUCGGACGGCGACGAUGCAGGCGAUUUGACAGAGGACGAGUACCAGCAAGAUCGAGGAUCCACCAGCGCAGACGAUGCUGUCGAGGAAGACGAUCCGUCCGAAGAGGACUCCGACGAGCAGCAACAAGAGUACGGUUCCAAGCGCAGUCCAAAACGGCGAAAGCACAAUCCCACGUCACCUGCAGUCAAGCGUGGCGCUGCUUCUUCUGGAGCUGCAAAAAGCGAAGCUGGCGACGGAUGGGAACCCGGUGUCACACGCGUUGUCGCCAAGCUGGUGGGGCCGCCUCAAUCUGGGCAUGUGGCUCGCGGCGAGCUCAGUCCCAACGUGCUCACCUUUCUGCAGGAUUUGCAGGACAACAAUGACCGAGAUUGGUUUGCGCGCUACGAUGCUGUCUACCGUUAUGCUUGGAAGAACUUCGGCGAAUUCACCGAAGCUGUCCUCAACGACAUUAUGGAGAAGGUGGACGACACAGUACCGUGGCUGCCGACAAAGGACUUGGUCUACCGAAUCUACAGAGACGUGCGCUUCUCGAACGACAAGACGCCCUACAAGACCAACCUUAUGGCUUCAUUCUCAAGAGGUGGGCGCAAAGGACCGUUCGCGGGCUAUCACGUCCUCAUCAAGCCAGGUGGGAGGAGCUUCUUUGCUGCAGGCCGUUGGCAGCCCGAACGCGAAGAUCUGGCGGUGAUACGGCAGCAUAUUCUGGAUGACACUCCGGAAGCGCAGGCGCUGAAAGCAGCUGUGAGCGAGCCUGGUUUCAUCAAAUGGUACGGCGCACCCAAGGGUCAGCAGAUCAAAGCAGCAAAGACAAAGGGGAAAGCGGCCGGCGCUUCUCAGCAACGCUCCAAUCUCUGGGGCUGCGACGACGAGCUCAAGGUUGCACCCAAAAUCGCGGGAGUAGACAAGACCCACAAGGACAUCGACUGGUUGAAGCUGCGCAGCUUUGUCGUCAUUCACAACUUCACUGACAGCGAAGCGCUUCGGAAGGACUUCCGGCAGCAGCUCGUGGAAGCGGGCAAAGUGUCAGAGCCCCUAGUUCGAAUUCUCAAUUCGAUGACCUCGCCAGAUCCUUCGCCCCCGCCAGAAUCCGGCGAUGAAGGCGACGAGGAUCAAGAGAACCGUCAAAAUGGUCACCAUGCGAAUCAGCUCGAAGAAGAGGAGGAAGACGAAGACAAGGACGAAGAAUUACUUCCUACCGAGUCGUUUGACUAUGUGGACGACGAGGACGGCGAUGACGAUGACAACGACAACGACAGCGACGAGGAAGACUAG